AUGCAGCCCCGUCGCUUCAUUAUUUCCCCUGUGCUGUACCUUGUCUACUUCCUUGCUGUGGCCAUAUGCUCAGAAUCCCAACCGCUAUCGGCCGAAAUCUUUUGCUGGCCCCUGUCUUCGCCUGGGCCUUCAAUUGUCACUCGCAUUUCAUACGAGGUGACAGCCCAACGACCAGAACUAAUCUCCUUUUCAACCCCAACCACCGUCGAUUGCGAUUAUACUGGGUCUGAUGGCGAACUCCAAGGUCUAAUUCGUCUGGGUCUGUACACCUCCACGGCCACAAAUCCCAAUCAAUGGGUAGGGACUCUCGUGUCACGGUCCUCGCUCAUAGGAAGCGAUGACUGCAAACCAACACUCCAGCUUCAUAUCGGCCCAUCCAACAAAACCUACCAUGUCGAAUUGCAACAACAUGCUUCCCGAGCAGCUUCUUCAACUCCAAUGAGCCCACAGCUAGAGCUUAUCUCUUAUCAAAACGGCCCGCGCCCCCAUCUCAAUCAGCCCCUCAUCAUCGGCCCAGAUGGUAAGAAUGCGGACGAAGUUUUCGAGAAGACCUUUUUCCAAAAAUACUGGUGGCUGUUCCUCAUUAUCGCUUUCUUGGUCAUGUCCGGUGGAGGGGAAAGUCAAUAG